GUGUAUAAUUAUUUUUGUAUUAACGUUGAAUGGUUUUUAUUUUCCAGGGUCGCCGUAGAGCAGCGAAUCCUCCGGUUGGCUGAUGAGGAACAAUGUCCGUUCCUUGUCGGACUGCGCGGCUCCUUCCGGGCUCCAAACCACGUGUGUCUGGCUAUGGAGUUUGCGGAAGGAGGAGAUUUAGCUUCCUAUACGGCUACAGGCGGAAUUCCACUUGACGGAGUUCGAUUCUAUUCCGCCUGCAUGGUUCUUGGCCUGCAAUUUCUCCACCGGCACAACAUCGCCCAUAGGGAUAUAAAAGUAGCCAAUGUGCUGUUAUGCAGCGAUGGAUACGCCCAAAUUACCGACUUUGGGCUUUGCAAAGAAGGAAUGACGUUUGACAGGACAGCCUCAUAUUUAUGUGGAACCCUACCCUAUUUGGCCCCAGAAGUCAUCAGGGCCAAAUACACAAGGACGGCCGACUGGUGGUCACUUGGAGUGACCAUCUUCAAGCUGCUUACCGGAACCGUACCGUUUUAUGGGGCAAAUCAACACGAGGUUCUAAAACGAAUAUGUUACGAGGAGCCAAAAUAUCCUGAGGAUAUAACAGAGGAGACUCGUAGCCUAUUGGUAAAUCUCCUAAAGAAAGAUCCAGCCCAGCGCCUUGGGGCAGGAGAACAUGGGGCCGAGGACGUGAAGAAGAGCCCAUUCUUUCAGGGAUUAGACUGGGAGGCCCUUGAGAAGAAAGAACUCGAGCCGCCAUUUAUCCCUGGAGGAAGAACACACAGCCAACCUGAAGAAAGCCUUAAAUUGAUGGCAAAGGUUGACGCAAAAGUGUGGGAAGAAACCGAAUGGGCAUUAGUGGAGCUGAACUACCCUUUCAGUUCAGCUUCAGAAAUAUAAGAAGUGUUCCUCGGAAUGAAUGGAUGAAUCAGAAUCUUCAUAGAUGUAGACAGAGAGACUGUUGGGCAGGAAGUCAAGUCAGUCAAGCGUUUAUUUGCCCAACAGGGGUGGAGGAGGGUUCAAAAACAUGGCUUAAAGUUACAAAAGCAUGAUCGUCAGCAGCAACCUGUAAGGACUUGUCUAUAUUGGUCAGAUCUCUGAAGUGAAGUGAAGACCAAUGUGCGCAUUGCAGCAGAAAGUCCGGGGUCCAAAAGGGCGUCGGUGAAGACCAAUGUUAGCGGGGGUUCACCUGUUCUAAAAGAGUCUGAUCCUACAGAAACAUCACCCAGAAGCUGAUUGGUGCAAAGCGACAUGAGGAAGGGUGAGACUGUUGGGCAAGACGGCAAGUCAGUCAAUUGUUUAUUUGCCCAACAGGGGUGGAGGAGGGUUCAAAAACAUGACUUAAAGAUCCUACAGAAACAUCACCCAGAAGAUGAUUGGUGCAAAGCGACAUGAGGAAGGGUGAGACUGUUGGGCAAGAUGGCAAGUCAGUCAAGCAUCUAUUUGCCCAACAGGGGUGGAGGAGGGUUCAAAAACAUGACUUAAAGUUAAAGAAACCAAAACAAAGUCAUGAUCAGCAAGUAAUAAGAAUAAAAAACAUCCAACUUU